CUGACCGUGCAUCGUGGGGAGAGGUCCACUCAAACUCCGGGACAUCACGUAUCGUACCUGUGGGAGCUCCGAACGGCAGGAUCAAGCGUCGACACACUAGGCGCAACCAGUGAGAGACGACCUCCUGAACGUAGGCUCGCCAGCAUCUCAAACAAUGUCAUAGGACUUUGACAGCGACACAACAGGACCACGGAAAUACGAGCUGAAUUUAGUUGAUUUCUUGUCUCUGCCUUUGGUCAAACUGAAAUAGCGGACCGCAGAUCAAGGAGAAGAAAGAAGGUGUUGGUUGACUUCCAUUGUUCGGCAAAGUAUUAUAUUUGGUUGGAAACCUCAGUGGAAUAUUGUGAGAUUCGUGGUUGGAUUCUUAUCGUUGGCAUAAUGAGAGUAGUUCUGUGUCUUCUUGUGGGCGUCCAGUGUUACCUGGCGUCGGCCCAGCAACAAUCGGUGGCCCAGCAGUGUCUAACGGAGCAGGUCCGGGCAAACCAAAAUAACUUUGGCACCACACAGGCCAACGGUAGACGACAGGCCCGAACCAGGAACAACGCACAGACAGCCACCUUGAAUGCCUUCAGAGCCAUCUGCCAAAACUUUGAGAGUUACAUCCGUUGUUUUGAGACCCGCCUCCGAGGUUCAACUGUUGCCAAUGACAACUUCCUCAACUUGAUCUUCAACGCCGACGACAUGCGAGCUGCUUACAGGGGCCUUUGCGGAGAUUUACCGAGACUGGAAGAUAACAUCAGAUGUCUACUGACAACACCCCAGGUGCAGCGUUGCUAUGACAACUUCCGUCAGUCCGUCGUCCAGGUAGUCAACAUCGGUCGUCAAGGACGUCUCAACCAGGGUGACCUCGAGAACGUGGCCUGCAAUGUGUCUGUCGCCCGUUACCAGUGUGAGACCCAAGUCUACUCCUUCUGCAACAGCCAGGCUGGGGAAAUCAUGCGCAGUUUCUUCUUCGCCGGACUUCCGAAUCGGUGCCGAAGAAACACAGGAGUUACCUCCCGUUAUUCCGCCAUGUUCGGAAGAUUGAAUGGCGCUGAAAUAUCCCACGUGUCUGCAAUCAUGAUGCUGUUGCCGAUCGGGGCUCUACUUAAGAUUUAUCUGUAACAUGAUGUGUCUGAGGAAGACAUAUCAUCAAGGGGUCCAUUGUUACUCGUGGCAGCGCAUCACCAUCACUCAGCAGUCUCUCACCUCGUCACGUGACACGAUGUGAGACGAUGGUGGGAUUUGGGAACAAUGUUGCCAAGAUCAUGUUUGUUUGUAAAUACCCGUUGUUUAUGUUUCAAUGUUAUUUUUUGGUAUUUAUUAAAAUGAAGGAAUGUAUUAUCCAAAAACAGAACGAAAAAUAAAAACAGCAAGAUGAUGAUUAAAUUGAUGCAGACACCAAAUGGUCUCUGAUUGAUGUAUAUAGUGUAAUAUACUCGAGCUUCGUGCUUACAGUCUGUGCCUCAUUACCUCUUUAAAUCAAGAUGGAUUUUCGGUAUACGAAUCCUUUUCGGUAUACGAAUCCAUGAGAACUAUUUUGCAAUUCGACAUAUCAACAAGUGGAACUAAUUUCAUACUUUGGACAAUUAAGGGUUAGCAUCCGACGGCAAAACCUAAAUGUAAGUUGAAUUAAAUCUUUGUUGACCGCUGUUGUUUUCACUGAAAUGCUUUUUUUUAAGUGACAAAAAUAUUUAAGUAAAAUUUUAUUUCCUGUCCAUGCAGGUUUAACAGUGACUAUCCAAUCAAAGAUAAUGCUAUCGAUAUGACAUACUCAUCAUCCCAAUGAAAACGUACUUAGCUUAACAGUAUUAAAUCAUAUAUCUGACGAUAUUAGGUUACACACCGCUUCAUUAUCAUUCUGUAUUGAAAACAUUAGCUUGUACAUGCAUAAAUUGCAUUUCAUUUCUUGUAUGUUUUUAGAUUUUAGAUUUGUAAAUUAUUCGUCAUCCAGAUCAUAUGAAUUAUUUAUUUACCCACUUUACAUGUUCUCUCAGAUUUACAUUAUCCUAUGCAAUAAACAAAUAUCA